GCCUGCUUGCUUGCGGUUUUCAAAUUUUUGAAGGCUAAAGAUGAAACUGGCGCGGAGAUCGAGCUCAAGCCACAGUGGUCGGGAAGCCUAACUGUGCGACCCUUGCCAUUCUCUUGCAGUAUCACUCCGCGGAAUGAAGAAAUGGAUAUCACGACCUUGCAGCGUUUGAUUGGGGCUUCUGUUUGACUAUAUGCGCUGUCCCUCCGUGGGAUGGGUAAAUGUCCUAGUUCUCGGUUUUGACCAAUUGAACACAAUUGCGACUCCGAAUGAGGAUGAUAAUCACUCACGCAAGCGCUGAGAAUCUCUUAUCUCUAUCCGCCACAGCAAUGGACUCCAUAGAGGAUUAUUCUUUCCCUCCAGCCUCUUUUAAGCCUCUUUUGACUGAGAUUUCUGGCCUUCUGAGGUCGACCUCAUCGACGCUUGCAGUGGCAGAAACUACAACAGGUGGUCUGGUGUCAGCUUCCCUACUUUCUGUGUCUGGAGCAAGCAAGUUUUUCGUGGGAGGAGCGACAGUAUACACCACAAAGUCACGGAGGAUUUGGGCGGGCUGGACCGAUGAGAACUUAGUGAACUACAAUGGACCCACACCGGAACUCGUCACAGAGCUCGCAGCGAACGUCAGAGAGCAGGUGGAUGUUACAUACUGUAUCGGGGAGUCGGGAGCUACGGGUCCUACCGUUCCGGGACCGCCGUUUGUCCAUGUAGCAGGGCAAACAUGUAUUGCCGUCGUGUCUCGGGAAGGUGUUGCGACUCGGGUCGUGGAAACAGGUGUCACAGAUAGAGAGAAGAACAUGGUAGCUUUUGCGAAAGCAGCCUUGGUGCUGCUCAGGGACGUUCUCGCGGGAGAUGUUAAACUGGAGCAGCAGCAUCAGCCUGCCAAAUAUUGAGCCAUUCACACCACUAAGGCUUCUAUUCCCUCAAGACUGCAUUUCAUUUUGCAUAUAUAUCCCCAUU